UUACUCAAUGGAGAAUAUGCUUAUUGUUCAAUGUUUGCAUCUUCAUUGUUCUAAACUUAAAGAAUUAAAACACAAAUAAUUGAAUAAAGUCUAUUUUCUAUUUUAGGCGAAAGAAUUAACGACAAUGAGAAAAAUCAAAUGUCAUUAGCACGUUUGGCUGAAUUCAAAUCGAUAAUGGAAUACUAUUUUGAUUUUAAUCAGAAAGAAAAGUUUCGACGUAUGCAUAAACUUCGUCAAGAUCAAGCUAAUUUACCGAUAGCUGCUUAUCGUGAUGAAAUAUUGGAUACAUUGAAAACAAAUCAAGUUAUUUUAGUAGCCGGAGAUACUGGAUGUGGAAAGUCAACACAAAUUCCACGAUAUCUUUUGGAAGCUGGUAUUGAUAAAAUUGCUUGUACUCAACCGAGACGAAUUGCGUGUAUAUCAUUAGCGAAACGUGUGGGAUAUGAGACAUUAAAUGAAUAUGGAGAUCAAGUCGGAUAUCAAGUUCGAUUUGAAAAAACAAAAACAAAAUCAACACGAAUUUUAUUUAUGACAGAAGGUGUGCUCCUUCGUCAAGUCCAAGGUGAUUCAGCAUUAUCCGACUACGAUAUAUUAGUUAUUGAUGAAGUACAUGAACGACAUUUAUUCACCGAUUUUAUCUUAGGAAUAUUGAAAUGUUUAAUAACACAACGACAAGAUUUGAGAAUUAUUCUCAUGUCAGCAACAAUCAACAUUGACUUAUUUGCAAAUUAUUUUGGACAAUGUCCUGUUGUUAAAGUUCCUGGACGAUUGUAUAAAAUACAAGUGAACUAUGUUCCAAUAAAGGCUGAAGAAUCAUCAUCAAAAACAGCUAAAAUCGAUGUAAAACCAUAUUUGAGAAUAAUGGAACAAAUUGAUAAUAAGUAUCCAUCGACCGAUCGCGGUGAUCUCCUAGUAUUUCUUAGUGGUAUGGCUGACAUUCAAACUAUCAUGGAUGCAGCAAAACAGUAUUCACUCGAAGCACAAAGAUGGAUUGUUUUACCAUUACACAGUGCCCUAUCACUCGACGAACAAGACAAAGUAUUUGAUAUUGCUCCUGAAGGUGUUCGAAAAUGUGUUUUAACGACGAAUAUCGCCGAAACAAGUGUAACUAUUGAUGGUAUUCGUUUUAUUGUUGAUAGUGGAAAAGUCAAAGAAAUGUCCUAUGAUCCACGUUAUAAAAUGCAACGUCUUCAAGAAUUUUGGAUUAGUCGAGCGAGUGCUGAACAACGGAAAGGACGAGCUGGUCGUACUGGUCCUGGUGUAUGUUUUCGUUUGUAUAGUGAACAAGAAUACGUUAGUUUUCAAGAAUAUUCUACGCCCGAAAUAAAACGUGUCCCCUUAGAUUCACUCAUGUUACAAAUGAUUUCUAUGGGAUUGCUCGAUCCAAGAAAAUUUCCAUUUGUUGAAGCACCUGAUAUGCUAUCAAUUGAUAAUGCACUUAUACGUUUACAAGAGCAAGCUGCCCUAUCACCAAUUGAUUGUUCACUAACUACGAUCGGUACUAUGUUGGCACGAUUACCAGUUGAUGUUACCAUUGGAAAAAUGUUAAUAAUGGCUUGUGUUUUUCAAUUUGUAAAUCCAAUAUUAACAAUGGCUUCAGCUUUAAGUAUUCAAUCACCAUUUCUUAGUUUCUUACAAUGUGAUCCCGAUACCAUAACAAAACGACGACCAUUAAUGUCUGAUCAUGGUGAUCCAUUUACACUAUUAAAUACAUUUGAUGAAUGGGUACAUAUAAAAGCUGAUGGUACAAAUACUCGAAUGUGGUGCAAAAGACGGGGAGUUGAAGAACAACGGUUAUAUGAUAUAACAAAAUUAAGAAAACAAUUUAAAGAUCUAUUAAAAGAUUAUAAUAUGGAAAUCGAUUAUCGUGAAACAAAAGUUCGUUCAGCAUUUGAACGUCGUGAACAUAAUCGAAAACGUCAACAAUUAAAUGUUUUAAAAUCUGAACAUGAAAAAGAAUCAAACCAACGAAAAAUAUUAAAAUUAGAGGAUGCGUGUGUAACGAGUACAAUGGAUAUUGAAGAUGAUAAUUUAACGAAUGUGGUGAUGAAAACGACCGAUAAAAUUCGAGAUAUUGAAUUUAGAUUAAGAAAUGAUAUUACAGAAUUGAAGGAAAUAUCCAAUGAGAGUAAACAUUAUUCAUCCAAAGAUAUAAAUAUGUUAAAACUGAUUUUGGUUAGUGGUCUCUAUCCACAAGUGGCUAUUGCUGACGAUUAUAACAAUUAUAAACGAGAUUCUGAUCAAUUUUUUCAUACAAAAACGAAACAAUUUGUUGUUCUACAUCCAACAAGUGUAUUUACCUACGAUCCGGAUUUAUUGCAACCUCCACCAGUCUCGAAAACUGUUACAGGAGAUGGAGGAAAAAAUAAAAAAAUAUUCAGUAGUCAACACGAGUUAAUUGUUUAUGUUACAUUAUUGGAAACAAAUAAACCUUAUCUAAUGAAUGCAAUGCGCACACCAGCAAUGCAAACAUUAUUAUUAUACAGUGCCACAUUGGAUACAAACAAUGAUUUUAGUCGAAUAUUAUGUGACCAAUGGCUUGAAAUUCAAUUUGAUAAUGUUGAUCAAGCUCAAUCACUUAUAUCGUCUGUGUUGUUAUUACGAAAUGCUCGAGAUCUUCUUCUACGUUUAACACUACAGGAUUCAGGUCAAAAAACGGGUGUGGAUAUUGAAUUAAUAUCAAAACCACACACAUAUGAAUUACAACAUUUAUUAUCAUUGAAAAUGACAGAAUUUUUAUCUAAUUCAACAAUUUAUGCAUUAAGAAGAGUAUUGCUAGCUGAAUUAGAAACAAUUUAUCGAGGAUAUGGAAAUGAUGAAGACGAUAUUGAAACUAAUCAUAAAAGUGCUCUAAAAGGUGGAACAAAAAUCAAUGAAUAUUUAACGUAUAACUGUCUUUCAUCUGAAAAUGAACAUUGGUCUGACUAUGCUGGCCCAAUGCAAAAACAUUUUGUUUGUCAAUAUUGUAAUGAAGAUUUAUUAUUAGAUUUAGCAGAGCGAAUUUUACAUGAAAAUGAAUGCCAGAUUAGAUCCUUGACAAAUAAUGAUGAUUCAUUAUUUAAAUCUGAUAAGGUUGAUUCCCAAGUGGAUCCAUUAAAAAAUGAAUCAUCUACGAAAAUAAUACCGCCAACAGCGAAAGAUUAUUAUUGUGAUAUAUGCUUAGAAACAUUCAAAUUGACUAGUAUUGAAAUUUUAAGACAUCGUACAACUCAUCAGUCAUAG